AUGGAUAGUUCAACUGGCCAUUCACAUGCCUUGUUAGUUGCAGCGACUUUUAUCUUCGUCUUCAGUCUCACGAUUCCGCCAUUAAAUUCAGGUGAGAUCCUGAAGCACAGAGAGAUGAUUCUGGGCUCGAGGCCUCCUGAUUGUGUGGACAGGUGCUUCGGUUGCAUCCCUUGUGUGCCGGCUCUGGUUGUUCCAGGCUACCAGAAGAAGCAUUUCGGGACAUCGUCACGUGAAGAUCACAGCCAUAACUUCCAGACGGAAUGGUCCAGAACAUCGUCGUCUGAUGACGAUAAAGACGAUGAUAGUUACUAUCUCCUCUCAUGGAGAUGCAGAUGCGGAGACAAGAUCUUUCAUCCUUAG